AUUAAUCAGUCACGGUCGAUUAUUUUUUUUGCGAUCGAAGAAUAAUCAACUGUGAUUGGUCCAUUUUUUAUAGAAUUAUUCAACCACAUAUUUUGUUCCACUACUUUUCGCCAUCUUUGAGACAGCUUCAUGAUUCCAUCUUCCCGGAACUUACCGUCUUUCUAGUCCAGAUGGUUUUUGUACAGGUUGCAGGGAAUUGAAGUUCUUCCCAUUAAGAGAAUUUUGUAGGGACUCGGAAUAAGUGGUAAUCCGAAGGUAAAAGGUCAGAUGAAUACAGCUAGUGAGAUAGGACAUCCCAGUCAAGUUACGCCAAUUUCUGUGGGUCUGCAAAGAGAUACGAGGUCCGUCGUUGUCCCGAUGGAUAUUUUUCGAUUGGCCGGACGUUUUUCAUCGAUUGUUGCCUUCAGACGGUCCAAUUGGGAAUAAUACUUGUCCGAAUUCAAUGUACGGAAGAAGCUCACGAUGUCCUUCCAGUCCCAUCAUACACAGCAUCACCCUCUUCGGAUGCAGACCGGCUUUUGGAACGGUGGCUCAUUUCGUUUUCCCCUUUUCUCUCAACAUUGUUGUAAAUGAUUCAUUUUUCGUCGCCCUUAAUCGUUCGUUUAAAAAAAUGAGUUGUUUUCAUUUGAGCAGAGAAUCGCUAAUGGAAAUGCGGUCUAUGAAAUUUGUUCCCAUUAAAUUAUGAGCCACCCAAAUACCGUAGCGAUUUACUUAUCCGAGUGCCUCACAAUGUUCAUACGAGAUAUGUGAAGUAUUUCUGCGAUGUCUCGUGUCGUGUGGAUUACUUUCAAUUAGCGUUACGAUUUGGUCAUCAUCAAUGGCUGUCGGAACGUUCUCGCAACGUCUUCCAGAUCAAAAUUGCCACUUCUGAACCAAGCGAACAGAACAGUACGACAAUACUCUCAGCUGCGGCACAUAUCUUUUUUUUCCUUUGUACACUGUUUCUUCUCUCGGAAAAUAAAGAUAAAAGAGCAUUGAAUAACGAGAAUGUAUUUUAUUUUCUUCCAUUUUUAAUGUAAACACAUUUAAAAUUCACAACAAUCCAAAGCAUCCAAUCGCAGAGUAGGAAAUAUCAGAAUAUAUACAUGUGAUAUGUUUCAAAGCCAUGUGUAAAACGAAUUCACGCGUGUUCGAACGCCACUUAUUGAAAAACGCUACGAACUUUUGUCCCAGUUCAGUAUAUUCCAGUAUAUUCCGGACAGUUUCACGAAAAUAAGAACUCUUGAAGAAAAGAAAAGCUUCGGAAGGAUUUCGUCGAUGAUUGCUCUUAUUGGUCCAACUUUUCGUCUUUCCCCCUUGAGCAAUUUCGACACGGUUGUUUCUCUCACUUUAGAAACGUGAUAGCUGUGCAUCGGCCCACCGGUCACAAAGGUGUACCGUCUCGUUACGCCCGUUCGUCACGUGUGUUCAAUUCAGUGGAGUGAUAAUCGCGCGUGCGGCUGUAGACGUCUGUGUGAACUUAUACACAUGUAUAAGCUCCGCAAACACUCGAAUGUUUUCACCUGUAGAUACCAGCGAGCUGAUAAGAGGCGCCUCAGUGAGGAAUACGUCAAUGCGAUGUUUCGUACCUGAAACUGUCGCUUUUUCAUCGCGACAAACGUGCGUUCGGUUUCCAGGGAUUCGUUUGAUUUGAUGAGAAUCAAGAGAUCGGGCUGAUUUUGUGUUGUGAUCUCGUCGCGAACGGUCUUGUUGUUUCUUCGGUGAAGUGAAAGCUGAAUCCUGCGAUGAGCAACGAUAUUUGGCGGUAUUGCAUUCGCCGAAUUGAUUAAACCGCUGACGAAAACGACGAGCAGUUUUCAAGAGACGGAAGGUACAUUGAACGAAGAUAGAACGCGAAGCGUUUCGGAGCUGAUCGACACAAUUCCGCGGAAGAGCCAACUACUGGACGAUAGAAAUGCUCGGGCGCAAUCGGAAGACGAUCUUCGAGACUUGCGGUGGUCGCGCGGUGUUCAGGAGUUGAAGUGAAGGAGAAUCACCUUACUCGGAUCGACCGUGCACUUGAGUGCUGGGCAGAUUCCGAAAGAUAGGCGGUUCGGUCUUACUUGAGAUGGACUCGGUGGCGGUGACAGUACCGCUUCGUCAGCCGACGAAAAAGAUGAAGAAGCGAAAGGAGCUCGACGCUCUCGCACCGGCACACGCUGUUUCCCGCCGGAGCUCCGGCAAACGCAGCUCCCAGGAAUUGUUGACAGAUAGCAGCGACGACCGCUCGGAGUACUGGAACGUCUCCACUAGAAGUGGUCGUAAGUGCAGGGGAAGGAGAGGUCGCGCUUGUCCUGGAUUCCUUAAGGCUUGUAGUGCCUUUUUCGCGUGCGCCUCUGUAUUAGCGACCGCCAGUUUAAUAUGGCUGUUCAUUGACGUUCGGCAGCAGCUUACCACUCUGCGAACCGAAUUAGACCAAGUGAUAGCGGGCAGUGAAAGCGUCCCGGAUGCUUUGCAGAAGUAUCACUCAUUGUCGAGGGAUCUUCAGAAUAACCAGACCAUCAUCUUCACCAGACUGUCUGAUCUCAAGCAGCAAAUAAAUAAUUUUACGAUACAGCUGGCGCACGUUCAGCAAAGCUUGCACAAAGUACAGCAGUGUUUCCAAGCUGCGCCCGAGUUGGCCAACGUGCCCGCGCUCUCCAGCAGCGUCGCGACAUUCGGCAGUCAAAUAAGAGACCUGAAGGCCACGGUGAAUUUUCUGAAAGAAACCAACAUGAGGGUGCAGGAUACGCAGACUGCUAUACAGCAAAACAUCAGCAGUAUUAAGAACACCGUAUUAGAAUUGUCGAACGUUACUCAGAAGCCCCAAAUAGUGAAUACCGAUGAGAUGCAAAUUAAGAAUGACAAGCUGAAUUCCACGAUAUCGCAUUUAACGAAUAAUGUGACGCAUAUUAACGAGACUUUGUCGAGCAAACUGCAAUGGGUCGCCGAUGAUCAGAACAAGGAUCGCAAAAAACUGGUUUCACUUCAAGAAGCAACGGCGGCCAUUAACACAACGGUGAUGUCUUUGCAAGGAGAAUGCGUUAAAAUGUCCGAGCAAGCCUCUGUUCUGGCAUCGGUUCAAAAACUGUCAGAAAAGGUGAAUGAGAUGCGUGCAACGGACAUAGAAUUAAUCGGCAAGCUCAAGCAAUUAGAACAGACAUAUAACGGACUGAAAAACUCGACUGGCAUAAUGUUCGCGACCGUGAACGAUAUUCAGCAGCAAAUUAACAAGGUUAAACUAUUAGACACAUUAAACGGAGACAUUACCACGGAACCGGAACGUGGUGCAGUAACAGAUGUAAGUGACAUUGCUCAGAGAAGGAUUCCGAACGAGAGAUCGAAGCGCCUCGGUGUAAAUCUUGGUUAACUCGAAGAGGAAUGAACGAGCGCUGGAAAGAAAAAAAAGGAGAAAAAACUCGUGUAUAAAAGUUAUUUUGUACACUGUCUAACGAAGCUGUGUAUUUGUAAAUAAUAAUAAAUUAAGUAUAUUAUAAUUCUA